AUAUUGCUGGCAAAACUAACCAAGGGGUUUACAAGACAGUUGGUGGCUGUGCGCGACUUUAACAAGACAAGCAAAGUUUGCAGGAUGGGGAUGUGAAGUUCUCACGCUGCCACCUCGGGGGGACUUGGCUGGACUGUGGGCUGGAGUUUACAGGCAGCAACAAGACUGCGGCGCUGGGAGAGGAAAGAGCGGUGGAUAUGGGGCGACAGAGGGGCUGGGACGCUGCUGCCUGAUACACCAUGCUUCUACACAGCGCGAUCUUCUGCACUUUAUCUCUGAACGUAGCCCUGCCCUGCAUUGCGUCAUUGCUCACGUCCCUGCUCGAACGGUACUGCGAGAUCUUAUCAUCUUUAUACAACGUCACAGGUGUCUACUGUAACUCCACCAUGGACGAGAUAGGGACGUGUUGGCCACCCUCCACCGCCGGACAGCUGGUGGCCAGACCCUGCCCCGAGUUCUUCAACGGAGUCAAGUACAACACCACAAGAAGUGUAUUCAGAGAGUGCGGUGAAAAUGGAACUUGGGCUUCGCGAAUAAAUUACUCCCACUGUGAGCCCCUCUUGAUGGAGCAGAAAUCGUUUGAAGUCUAUGAGGUCCACUAUAGGAUUGUCCUCAUCAUCAACUACCUGGGACACUCGAUCUCCACGGCAGUCCUCAUCGUUGCCUUUGUAGUCUUCUUGUGCUUGAGGAGUAUUCGGUGCCUACGGAAUGUCAUCCAUUGGAAUCUAAUAACCACCUUCAUCCUGAGGAAUACUCUGUGGUUCCUGAUGCAGAUGAUCGACGAGGAAAUACACGAGAGGAAUGAGCCCUGGUGCCGGCUGGUGACGACUAUCUACAACUACUUUGUGGUGACCAACUUCUUCUGGAUGUUUGUGGAGGGCUGCUACCUCCACACCGCCAUCGUCAUGACCUACUCCACCGAUAAGAUGCGCAAGUGGAAGUUCCUCUUCAUUGGAUGGUGUAUCCCGUGCCCCAUCAUCGUGGCCUGGGUCAUUGGCAAACUCUACUAUGAGAAUGAAGAGUGUUGGUUUGGAGAAGUUGUGGGUCACAGAAUGGACUACAUCAUUCAAGGUCCAGUCGUUCUCGUGCUGCUGGUUAAUUUCAUCUUUCUGUUCAACAUUGUGAGGAUCCUGAUGACUAAGCUGAGGGCAUCCACCACGUCUGAGACCAUGCAGUACAGGAAGGCAGUGAAGGCCAUUUUAGUUUUGUUACCUCUGCUGGGAAUAACCUACAUACUGUUCUUCAUCGACCCUGGCAAAGAUGACAUCUCCUAUGUGGCAUUCCUCUACUUCAAUUCAUUCCUCCAGUCCUUUCAGGGAUUCUUUGUGUCGGUGUUCUACUGCUUCCUGAACGGAGAGGUGCGCACGGCGGCUCGCAAGAGGUGGCACAGGUGGCAAGACAACCACAUGCUGAGGGUGCGAGUGGCCAGGGCCAUGUCUAUACCCACCUCACCAACCCGCGUCAGCUUCCAGAGCAUCAAGCAGACCGGCGUCUGAUCGCCCCCACCGCCGCCUCCGCCGCCACCGCCACCGCCACCAGCCUUCCACUGUACAUGGUCACUCUUACUCGUUGACUCUGAAGUGAUUUGCUUGUUUGUAGAUGUUUGUGUGCAUAUUGGAUCUACAGGAUGGCGGAGGUGCAGG